GUCAAACUCGGACGACUCGUUCCCUCUCCAAAAUUUUCCCUCUCUCUCCAUUUUUAUAUUCAUUCAUUCUUCCAAUCCAAUUUCGAAGAACUCUCUCAUCAUUCAAUUCACCUUACCGAAUCAGAGAGCGACGUCUUUUACUGUUUCUCCAUCAUACGAGUUUUUCUUUCUGUCGCCGGAUUUUUCAACCGGCGGCCAUCGGAAAGUACGCCUGCGGAAGCUACGUCUCUUCUCGAUGUCUUCUUCUCUCUCGUGGUUCUUUUUCUUUUCUCUCUCGUUUGCUUUCUCCGGCGCCGUCGCCUCCGUUCCUGCCGAUGCAAUGUCGCUCCUCAGGUUUAAGGAUUCUGUUUGUUUUGACUCCUCCGCUGUUCUUCGUGGCUGGAAUUUGUCCGUUUCUUACUGCGAUUGGUUUGGAGUUACCUGUGACCGUGUUACUGGUAGAGUUGUUGAACUGAAGAUGAAUGGAAGUGAUUCCGUUCUCGCCGGGACGCUGAAUCCGGCGAUUGGAGAUCUUGCUGAACUUCGAGUUUUGUCGCUUCCGGAUAAUCUGAUCUGCGGGGAGAUUCCGGGGAGCAUUGGGAAGCUUCAGUCGUUGGAGGUUCUUGAGCUUCAGGGGAACAAUUUCUCUGGAAAGAUUCCGAGACAGAUAAGUUAUCUUCGAUCUCUCCGCCUGCUUAAUUUGUCUGAUAACUCGUUUUCGGGCUCGAUACCGAGUAAAUUGAUCGGUUCGAUGAAAUUAGAACGGAUUGAUUUGUCGUAUAAUCAACUGUCUGGUAGAAUUCAAGUUGUCGAUAAUAGAUGUGGCGUUUUGAAUCAUUUGAGGCUUUCGCAUAACUUUCUGACUGACAACAUUCCGGCGGAGAUUGGGCAAUGUUGGAAUCUGAGGAGUUUGUUGCUUGAUGGUAAUAUAUUAGAGGGUCGGAUUCCGGCUGAGAUCGGCAGAAUUUCAGAACUCAGAGUUCUUGAUGUUUCUAGAAAUAGCCUUACCGAUACGAUACCUAAAGAGCUCGGCAAUUGCCGGAAAUUAUCACAGAUCGUGUUGACGAACUUGAACGAUAUCAUUCCCGACGACGAUAGUUUAAGAGGGGAAUUCAACGCUUUCAAUGGCGGUAUCCCUUCUGAGUUGCUAUUGCUUCCAAGUCUGCGAGUUUUUUGGGCACCGAGAGCGAAUUUUAAUGGCGAAUUGCCGAGUAAUUGGAGUUCUUCAUGCUCGCUCAGAAUUCUCAAUUUAGGGCAAAAUUACAUCACCGGUACCAUACCCGAAGCGAUUGGGAUGUGUUCGAAUCUAACUUACCUGGAUUUAUCUUCAAACAAGCUACAAGGUAAUCUCCCUUCGCAGCUUCGAGUUCCAUGUAUGGCGUAUUUCAAUGUCAGCCAGAACAAAAUUUCUGGUGUUCUUCCGAGAUUUGAGAAAGACGGUUUCUGUACGAGCAUGAUCCCACAAGAACCAGCUCCCAAUUUCUUAGAUGAGGAAGACAAUUGGAAUGCUUACUUCAAUGUUCCUGUUUGGGAUUUCUCGAGAUUGAAUGAUAAUCUCACAAUCGCCCAUGAUUUUAGCUGGAAUAGUUUCAGUGGCUCAUUAGCUUCAUUCAAAGUGGGAGAAGAGCUUCUGGCUAAUGGUCGAAAGUUUUCUUACAUACUGUUGCUUAAUAGCAACCAGUUCAAUGGAUCACUCCCCAUUGAUCUGGUCUCGAACUGUAAUGAUUUGAAGAGCGUUUCGGUUAACUUGAGUUCAAACUUAGUAUCAGGUGAGAUUUCUGAUGCAUUCUUUCUCCAUUGUCAACAGAUGAUGGAGUUUGAGGCAGCAAGUAAUGAGUUAGAUAACUCGAUCGGACCUAGAAUUGGCGAUUUGCGAAUGCUUCUUCGUCUCGACUUGAGAGAGAACAGAUUGUCUGGAGUUUUACCAGAUCAGUUGGGGAAGUUGCAGAGUUUAAAAUGGAUGCUUUUGGGAGGGAAUAACUUGACUGGAGAGAUUCCAUCUCGACUCGGUCGGUUGGCUUCUCUAACGAGUUUAGAUCUGUCCCGAAACGCGUUUACAGGAGUUAUCCCUGAAAGCUUAGCAUAUGCUUCAAGACUUGAGAUUCUGUUGCUCGAUCAUAACAGGUUAACUGGGGAAAUUCCCUCUUCUUUCUCUGCCCUUUCUCAUCUCACUAAAUUGGAUGUCUCUUUUAACAACCUUUCUGGCCACAUUCCUCAUAUUCAGCACAUGAUUGACUGCAUUUACUUUAGAGGGAAUGAGUUUCUGCAUCCUUGCCCGGAUUCAUACUCCGAAUCCCCGGCUGGUCUUCCGGUUCCUCUCGACGUUCAGAAGUGGAAGAGACGGAGAAAGUUUUUGUCCAUGAUAAUCGCUGUGGCUGUUUCCUCAACUCUAAUUUGCAUACUCUUGAUUAUAGCUGUUAUCAUCUUUGCAAAGAAAAGGCUUGGUAGACAAAAUAGUUUAAAGAAGAAACUAAUGGUGACUUUCUCGGACGCUCCAGCCGAACUGAGUUACGAUAAUGUGGUUCGAGCUACCGAAAAUUUCAGCCUUCGGUAUCUAAUCGGUACCGGUGGGUUUGGGUCAACAUACAAGGCUGAACUGCCCUCAGGUUCCAUGGUUGCUGUAAAGAGACUGUCCAUUGGUAGGUUUCAAGGAGGCAUUCAACAAUUCGACGCAGAGAUUCGAACCUUGGGAAGAAUACGACACAAAAACCUCGUAACACUUCUCGGGUACUACGUCGGAGAGGCUGAAAUGUUCUUAGUUUACAACUACCUGUCGGGUGGGAACCUCGAGACAUUCAUCCACGAAAAAUCUUGCAAGCACGUAAAGCACUCGGUGAUCCGCAACAUCGCUUUGGACAUAGCGAGGGCGCUUGCGUACCUGCAUUACUCGUGUGUUCCGAGGAUUGUUCAUAGAGACAUCAAGCCUAGCAACAUCCUUCUUGAUGAAGAGCACAACACAUACAUAUCAGAUUUUGGGUUGGCCAGGCUUCUUGAGGUUUCAGAGACUCAUGCCACAACAGAUGUGGCUGGAACAUUUGGAUAUGUUGCACCAGAAUACGCUACCACUUGCAGGGUCUCGGACAAGGCCGAUGUUUAUAGCUUCGGAGUUGUGCUCUUAGAAUUGCUUUCCGGGAAAAGGUCACUCGAUCGAUCCUUCUCCGACUUCGGGAACGGGUUUAACAUUGUUACAUGGGCAAAGAUGCUGAUCAAGGAAGGUCGUUCUUCUGAGCUUUUCACUCCUGAAUUGUGGGAAAUGGGACCAGAGGAACAGUUACUCGGAAUGUUAAAGCUCGCAUCGAGUUGCACGGUUGAAAUUCUCGCUCUUCGACCGUCGAUGAAGCAGGUCGUCGACACACUGAAACAGUUGUAAAUUCUUUUAGGAUCACUAACACAUCAAACUGGUUGCUGCCUUGGCUACAGCAUAUGAGCAUGCGCCAUUGCCUACAUUACAACCAUCGUACAUAUUGAGAUGAAUUCUUUUUCUCCCAGGUUCGUUUUCUAACAUCUCUAGCUUAAAUGAAAUUUACUCUCACACAACACUUGUUAGAAUUAUACUCUCAAACUUUCGAUUAUCUAAAAAUUGUUGCAAUCGGACCCGACUAUUGUAACUAAAAUCGUGGUUGAAUUUAAUUGUAAUAGUUUUAUAAGUUUGAGAGUACGAUUCCAACAACCUCAUAGAUUAAAAGUCAUUUUAAAGUUUAGAGUUUGAUUGGAACAAUCCUCGAUUGUAACUGUAAUGAUUUUU